CUACCCACGUACGCUUAUAAUUACUGUUAUAAAUAUCGAGUUCCCCCACUCCUACAUAUCUCAAACCAAGUCAAUCAUUCCUCGUAGCUAGAUCGCUCUUAUGGCUCAGACGACUCCGAAUCAUACACAGACCGUUUCUGGGUGGGCAGCUCACGAUUCCUCCGGCGAGAUUACCCCUUUCAUCUUCAAGCGAAGAGAAAACGGGAUCAACGAUGUCACGAUAAAGAUAUUAUACUGCGGGAUAUGCCACACUGAUCUCCACCAAGCUAGGAAUGACUGGGGCAUCACCAUGUAUCCUGUUGUCCCUGGUCAUGAGAUUACUGGGGUGGUCACGAAAGUUGGGAGCAACGUGAAGACCUUCUCGGUCGGAGAUAGAGUUGGAGUCGGGUGCUUGGCGGCGACGUGUUUGGAGUGCGAUUUCUGCAAGGAAUCCCAGGAGAACUACUGCGAGGACCUUCAAUUUACCUACAAUGGCAUCUUCUGGGAUGGUAGUAUCACCUAUGGUGGCUACUCCAAAAUGUUGGUUGCUGAUCAUAGGUACGUGGUGCGCAUACCAGAAAACCUACCAAUGGAUGCUGCAGCGCCGCUAUUGUGUGCCGGAGUGACUGUGUUCAGCCCCUUGAGAGACCACGACUUGCACAAAACACCGGGGAAGAAGAUAGGCGUCGUCGGCCUCGGAGGUCUCGGACACGUGGCGGUGAAAUUCGGGAAGGCCUUUGGUCAUCACGUCACCGUCAUCAGCACCUCUCCGUCCAAAGAGAAAGAGGCCAAAGAUCACUUGGGUGCAGACGAUUUCAUAGUCAGCACUGACGACCAACAAAUGCAGAAAGGAAAGAGGAGCCUUGACUUCAUAUUAAACACGGUGUCAGCUAAGCACUGUCUCGGACCACUCUUAGAGUUGCUCAAAGUGAACGGGACCAUGGUGGUUGUGGGUGCACCUGACCAGCCCUUUACGUUGCCUUCCUUCCCUAUGAUAUUUGGGAAGAGGGCAGUGAAGGGUAGUGUGAUCGGAGGAAUGGAUGAGACGAGGGAGAUGAUGGAACUUUGCGGCAAACACAACAUUACGUGCGACAUUGAGCUUACAUCGCCAGACAAAAUUAACCAAGCCUUGGACCGCGUCGCAAAGAAUGAUGUUAGGUAUCGCUUUGUCAUCGACAUUGCUAAUGCCCCCGCUGCUACUGUUGAUGAUGAUCAAAUCUGUUCCAAUCUUUAGAGGAGCUAUCUAAGACAUCUAAGACGUACUACGGCAGCAUUUUUAUGCAUGCCGUCUUAAUAUCAUUGUAAUUUUCAUCUCAAUUGGUUGUGUCAUUUGAGUUAAUUAAUCAAGGUGUUUGAUGGGUCUUUGUUGUUUA